CAGUGAAAUAUUUUAUGUGAUUUUUUAAUUUGAACUUUUUUGAAAUUGUUAUUAAGUAUAAUGAAUUUGAUUAAUGUAUUAUGAUUUGAUUGGUAUUAUAAAUUCUAUUGUGUUCAUUAUUUUUUUUAGAAAAAUAAGCAUGUCAAUGAUGAUCAUAAUAUCAUUGCAGUAAUCAACUGUUGAUUGGUUUGAGACGAACUGAUGCUCAACUCUAAAAGGAAUAAAAAUAAGACUUAAAGACUAAACAACUCAAAAUGACUUGGAAUCCACUCUAUGCCAGAACUAUUCCUGAACUCAGUAUACCUCCAUAUAAAAAGCAACUAAAGGUUUGCUUGACCGAGAUAUUGACGGUUUCCCAGUUUUGGUUCAAUAUCGCUGGUCCUCAUAAUAGUCAGGCUGUUGAAGUGUUGCAUCAAGAAAUGAAAGAAUUCUACAGACUUAGAUUUAAUGAUUAUAGAAUACACAAUGUUUCUGAGGUGAAAAGCAAGAUUGCUCCUGGUUUACCUGUUGCUGCUGUCUACCCAGGGCUUGGGUCAGAUGAUCUGAAUAGGGGCCUGGUAAAGAAUGUGGACAUACAGAACAAGGAAGCGACCAUCUUCUUCUGCGAUUUCGGAUCUGAAAUAAAUAUUCAGGUUUCCAACCUUCUGUAUCUUGGAUCUGAGUUCUCAGCCCUGGAGCAGCAAGCUGUUCUUGGUAGAAUAUGGGGACUAGAUCAAGAGUUUGGGAACGACGAAGGUUUUAACUACCUUGUCAAGAAGGCGCAGAAUAAUAAAAACCUUUUUAGUGCAACUAUCAAGGGCUGGAUUGAACCCCUCCCGCAACCCUUUCCUCUUCCACUUGUUUUAGUAAACAAUGAUACAGAAAGAACAGUAAGCAAGCAACUUGUAAAGCGAGGUCUGGCAAAGUUCUGUGAAGAUGAACAGAAUGAAACCAAUGCUGCCGACAAUGAUGUUCUGUCUGAUCUCAUUUUUGAAAAGUUGUUUAUAAUUGAGAAAGUUCUCUCUGUACUGAAGGAAGUCAAUGGUCCCGAGUACGAUCGCUUGAAAAGGUUCUUUCAGAAUCAGUUGGAUCAGACAGAACAGAAACUUUAUGAGGUUGUGUCCCGCUCGACACAAGAAGUUAAAGCUGGGUAUUUAUCUCAUCCAUCCCUUAUAUCCGGCAACCUUGUGCCUCCAAUACAAGAUGAAGAUGCAUUGAAGCCUCCAGUUCUUGAUUCUUCAGUCAGACUGGAGAGUCCUGGACACGGAAAGGAUAAAGCUAUCACUAACCCUCGCUCAGUGCUGCACCAUAUGUUUGAAGUUUUGCGACCUUUGAACUCACAGGAUUUGUCAGAAGAGCUCUACAACACAGGGAAACAAUUGACAUGCGAAAAUAAGAUAAAACCGGAAAGGACUAAGGAAAAGAAAGUCCAUGGAAAAAGACCAAAGAAUAGAGAAGGGAGAGAUGAAAAGGAAAAGAAUGGAUGCAAGUUAGUUGGAAAGACUGAAACCGACGAUCAUAGUCUUAAGAUAAACCAAGACGAGCAUUCGUCCUGCCCUGAGAAAUAUGACAACUCGUAUGAUACCUUUGAACCAGAAGACAGGGAUUAUCUUAACAAUCAGGAAAUAUUUUACACCAAACAGGACUCAGGGUGUUUUAUCAAGGACCCUGAUUCUAUAAAUAUCAAGGACUUCAAUUCUAGUAUCAAGGACUACAACACUAAAAUCAAUGACUUAAAUACUAAUGACGCCAAGUCUAAUAUCAAAGACUCCAAGUCUAAUAUCAAGGACUCCAAGUCUACCAUUACACAACAGAAUGUUCUCUCUGAUACUUUAGAAGAACACAUUACGGCCAAGAUACAAGUUUUGCCAUCCUGCGUUAUGAUCUAGAUGACUUUAUGUAUAUUGAAUGCAAAUAAAAUCUAUUUUUUUACACUAAGUUAAAUGUUUUUUUUUUCAAUCUAAUAUGUUAUAACACUAUUAAAUACAGAAUAAAAAAGUUUCUUUCCA